UUGUUCCGGGAAAAAAGGAUGUCCUUUUAUUUUUUUUAUUGAGAUAAAGUUUUGAGGAUUCUCGGUUAGUUAAAUUCUCGACUGUAGUUUAUUUGAGGCAGUCGAAUGAAUGCUCUUACAGUGUGGCAUUUACAUGGUGUUUGGUCGCAGUUCAGGCAGCACAGUGCAGGAAUGACCAGAACCGACUAUACUUGAGGUUUAGAAGCUCCUAUUCCACACUGAAGUAAUGAAAAACAUGAUCAGAGACCUUGUCAUUGUGCAGCAUCCUGUUUCUGUGAGUGUACCACUGAACUAUCAGGUGAAUCUGAGUGUGAGAGCAGAGGGGACAGGUAUCCUGAACUACCAGUGGUUCAAAUCUGAUGAAGAGGAGGUAUUUGGUGCAACCAGAGCAGAUCUGACUGUCACAGCCCAGAGGUCUCAGCUCUACAUUUGCCGAGUGAAUGACCAGUUCUGCAACUGUGUGUUCAGUGAAUGGGUCAAAGUAAAGGUCCCGGACAUUGCUAAACCAGGUCUCCCAGUAGCCUGGCGAGGGGAGCUCCAUAUCGCUGUACACCCUGCACCCCAGACUGUCAGACAGGGGCAGAGACUCACCCUCAGCUGCUCUGCCUUUGGCAUUCCUAUCCCACACUACCAGUGGUACAGAAAUGGACAUCCUCUGCUGGGCGAAACCACUAACACAUUGCAGAUACAUAAUGCAGAGGCAGACGAUAGAGGAACAUAUCUCUGCUCUGUGUCCAAUGUUGAAGAAGAAAGAUGGACAGAGCCAGCUGAUGUUGAUAUAGAGCCAUCUAAUCAACUCAAAGCCACAGCUCCAAAACUCACAGCGACUGACAAAGUGGCCCUGCUUAUUGGUAACCUCAACUACUCCCACCACCCGGACCUGAUGGCCCCCACUAUGGAUGUCCAUGAGCUGGCCAACCUGCUGCAGCAGCUGGGCUUCAGAGUGGUGUCUCUUCUGGACCUCACCAGGGAGGAGAUGCUGGCAGCCAUUGACAAGUUCAUUCUUCUGCUUGAUAGGGGCGUGUAUGCCCUGUUCUACUAUGCUGGUCAUGGGUACGAACGUUCAGGGAGGAACUACCUGGUGGCCAUAGACGCUCCACAGCCCUACCGUCCAGAGAACUGUGUCUGUGUACAGAGGGUCAUGCGCAUGAUGCAGGAGAAACGGACUGCAUUGAGUGUGGUCUUACUAGACACCUGCAGAACAUGGUACAACCAAGAUUGCAUAACUUCUGAAAUCAGGCCCUUGGUACCCAUGGGAAACACAGUGUAUGGAUAUGCCACAUGUGAAGAUGCAGAAGCGUAUGAGGUGCAGGACGGAGGGAAGAGCACCGGGAUCUUCACCAAGUACCUGAACAAGCACAUUCUGCAGCCGGAGAAGGUCACUCACGUCCUGGAGCAGGUCUCUGCGGAUCUAGGCAGAGACCCUCUGGUCACAGGGAAGCAGGCGGUGGAGAUCAAACACACGCUGAAGGAGCCUCGCUCCCUUACAGAUCCGAUCAGGACCACCGGCCACACUGGGGAGCUACGUCUGAGAGAUGCCUGCUGGAGACAAGCCAACGAGCUACCACGUCAGAAGCUGCUUAUUUUCCCCUGUGGAGUUGAGGUGGAGGUCAGCUUCUCAGCCUUGUUCUCUAACGUCAUGGUUGCCUUCGGCACAGUGAAAACUACUGGCCCCAGGACCCAGGACUGCACUGUUACUCUGAGGAGCACACCUGCAAUGGAGGAUAUCUUCUCUAGUCCUGGCAGGUCAGGUGAAAUGGACUCUCUCUUGCUAAACAACUUGGUUGCUGAAAACCCUGACUGUAGCCUCAGACUUUGUGGCCUUCAAAAGCUCCAGGGAUCCUUAGUGAUAAAGGUGGACCUACACUAUACCCACACGGGCAGCAAGCUGCGGCUGCAAGAGAGCAAACAGCUAGACAUAGGAAAGCCUUUGGUAGCAUCUUGUGAUCAGUACAGGGGACAGCAAGCAUUGGUGACCCAGAGACAAGAAGGUGCCCCUUCCCAGAGUAUGGGCCACGUUUCACACAGCAAGCAGCCCCCACGUCAAACACUGGGACAGCCAGGUCGCCCCUUCACCAGGAAGGCAGAGUGUGCUGCCAAAGUCCCUACAGCAAGGAGCAACGAACCAGAGGAAAAUGAUGAGACUGAGCCUCAAGACUUUACCUUCUGAUUUCCGCUCUCCACGUCUUUGGAAAAAGGGUAGUUUAGUAGUAGUAGUGACUAGUGUAGUCAAUAGGAUAUUUUCUGUUUAGGCUUAAAGCAAUGUACAUAAUUAAAUCAGCAUGAUACAUUCUAUUUCUCUGGUUAGGCUAUAUUUCAUCAGUUUAAUGAUGGUUAUGAGGUGUGUGUGUGUCAGUGUGUGUAUACAUGUGGCAUUGUGAGUUUGAGGAGAUUAUCUCCUGGAUUAUGUUCCUCUCUUAAAGCACUAUUCGGUUUUUAGUUCUCAGCAUGAUACCCAAGCAAUAUUUAUUCUUAAAUGAUCACAGUAUGAAAAAAGCUGACUUUUCUACAUGCUUGUGAAUAAUAACAAUAAUAAUACACAUUUCAGCUCUUAUGUACCUGUAUGUAACUAUUAAAAUGAAUGAAAUACCAUU